UAUUGAUAUACUUUCAGUAUUAUGAAAUGUUUCUAUCAAUAUUAUAAUGAACGUGGUGUUAUUCCACAGCUUCUUGCCCUAAGAACGGUCACCACUCAGGUAGCAGAUGAGAGAGGGCUGCUGUAUGCUACUACGCAAGGGAGAAAUGAGUUACCUCUGGCCAACUCUAAGAGUAAAUGUGUUCGGGUUACAAGGACACACAGCUGGGGUGGAAUGCAGUGGAUGGAGGAACAGGAACACUCUGAGACAACCCGCUAGCAUCAGCCACAGUUUCCACUUGCAGAAUUGCAAGAAGAGGCUGUUGGAUUGAACCCAGAUUCCUGCGAGUGAAGUUAGGCGUGUUGACCGCACUGCCACCGUGCAACUGUGGUUUAGUUUUUUUUCAUCCAUAACAUAAUUUUUUGUUGUUCAAGUUUGCGCAAAGAUAUGUUGUGUUGUACAAAAAUACAAUGGUACAAUGACAAUAAAGUAAAUAAAAACAUAUUUUUAAAUUUUUGUGUUCUGGAAUCGCCUCUCACCCUGUAAUUAGUGUCGCUGGACGUGACGGAGGGUGUUCCGGCCGCUGACGUGAAAGGCGUCGGCUUCGACGCGACCUGCUCGCUGGUGGCGGUGGACAAGGAUGGGAAGCCCCUCACCAUCAGCCCCACGGGGGAGAACGCGCGGAACGUGAUGCUGUGGCUGGACCACCGGGCCAUCGAGGAGGCCAGCUUCAUCAACGGCCUGGGCCACCCCGUGCUGAAGUACGUGGGCGGGACCAUCUCCCUGGAGAUGGAGACCCCCAAGCUGCUGUGGCUCAAGAAGAACCUCCGCAAGGAGUGCUGGGACAGGGCGGGCUGGUUCUUCGACCUGCCUGACUUCCUGACCUGGCGCGCCACUGGGGCCGACUCCAGGUCGCUGUGCUCGCUGGUGUGCAAGUGGACGUACGUGGCCGGCGCGGAGGGCGCGGAGGCGGCCGGCUGGAGCCUCGACUUCUUCACGCAGGCGGGCCUCGCCGAGCUGGCCGAGGGGGGCUGGAGGAAGAUCGGGGCGGAGGUGAAGGAGCCGGGGGCCCCGUGUGGCGCCGGCCUCAGCGAGCGGGCGGCGGGGGAGCUCGGCCUGCUGGCGGGCACGCCCGUCGGCACGUCCAUGAUCGACGCCCACGCGGGUGCUCUGGGGCUGCUGGGCUGCAGCGCCCCGGGGGUGCCCCGGGACUUCCACACCCGCCUGGGCCUGGUCUGCGGCACCUCCACCUGCCACAUGGCCGUCAGCCGGGACCCGCUGUUCGUGAGGGGCGUGUGGGGGCCGUACCGCAGCGCCCUGGUGCCCGGCUACUGGCUGAACGAGGGCGGCCAGAGCGCGACGGGCAAGCUGGUGGACCACGUCAUCGAGACCCACCCGGCCGCGUCGUCGGCCCGCGCCAAGGCCGGCGGCAGACAUAUUCAGGAGUAUCUGCUAGACCUACUGAAGGAAAUGGCAGAGAGACAGAAUCUCCCGUGCGUGGCCAUGUUGACUAAAGAUGUCCACGUGUGGCCGGACUUCCACGGCAAUCGCUCACCCUUAGCCGAUCCUUCGUUGCAGGGCAUGAUCUGCGGGCUGACCCUGUCUGCAGAUGAAGAGAACCUGGCAGUCGUGUACCUGGCCACGAUACAAGCUCUGGCGUACGGGACGCGCCACAUCACGGAGGCCCUGGCGCGGAGCGGGCACGUGUUCCGGUGCCUGCUGAUGUGCGGGGGCCUGAGCCGCAGCCCGCUGUUCGUGCAGACGCAGGCGGACGCGGCGGGGCUGCCCGUGCUGUGUCCGUGCCAGCCGGAGAGCGUGCUGCUGGGCGCCGCGAUCCUGGGGGCGUGUGCCGCGGGCACGCACAGCAGCGUGCCGGCCGCCGUGCAGGCCAUGGGGGGCCCCGCCGCCGUGGUGCGCCCGCGCGAGCUGGACCGCAGUUACCACGAAAAGAAGUACAAAGUGUUUCUCAGAAUGGUGGAGCACCAGAAGGAGUACAGGAACAUCAUGUCGGACUUCAUCGUCCUGAAGUGACGUCCGCGGAGUCUCCGAUGCCGCACCACGCGUUCCCGCUCACAAAGACAGGAGCAGGUAGCGUCUCUAGAGACCGCAGAUGUGGGUAACAGGUGGUGACCACAAUACUUUCCUACAAAACCAAGCUAGCGUACAUGCCUUUCAUGAUUCCAUACUUUAAACCAUUCAGAAAGGUAUUCCCUGAACAUAUCUGAAAAAGACAAUUUAUUCUAAGAGUGUUGAAACAAUAAUCAGGCCAUGUACAGUAUGUAUCCAGGCCAGAUGCUGGGUAAGAAGUCUGGUCCAUUGUUGUUGCAAAGUUAGGGUAUAGUCAUACAACAUUCAGUUAGUGGUAUCCACUCUUUUGUUUCCAUAUUUGUUCAAUAACAACAUCAGCAGAGUUAUGUUUGCUAAAAUAUGAACUUACAUUAAAACUAGCCAAAUACAUAUUUGAAAUGGAGCCUGAAACCAUGGGUAACGCCUUUAGCUUGGAGUGUAGCCCAGUAAAUGUAAUCAUUUUUAAAAAUACUGGAGACUGCUGAACUAUGCGCACAAAAUAAGUGAGUCAACGAUUGACCAGUCACAAGCAGUCCACGGAAGGCCACACACCCAAUUGAAAGCUAAAAUUUUUUCUUAAUUUAACAGUUUACUUGUUACUCAUUUCAUUUACACGCUUUCAUAUUAGUAAAACUGCAAAAUUAAUUACCAAAACACAGCCAUACAAGAGGAUUCCUCAACAAACAAGUAAUUGCAACAGUCAGCAGUAAUAGUUUGUUAAAAACGUCAUUUUAACAUACCAUGAUAAAACCACUAAAAAAUGUAUAGCUAACCUUGACCUACAGCAACUUGGACCAGUUUUGCAGUCAGGUUAUCAAUACCGACAUUUCCCUAGACAUGUUUGUGUGAGCCUAUUUCUGUGUUAAUGCAAGAAAGAGCACAGGAUGCAGAACUAUUUUACACUUUUAAGAAAACUGUAAUUUUAUGUGAUAUGCAUAUGUACCAAUGUCUCCAAUGUUUAUUGCAUUGGCACAGUGCAACUUAAAAAGCACACAAGUGGAAUCAAGUUGCUACAAAUCAUUUCAUUUGAAUGCAUUAUUUCUUGUUCAACAUAUUGAAAUUUGAGUUGGAAAAUACCCACAACUAAUUUACCAUUGGACACAAUUAUGAUUAUCCAAACACGUCCUGCAAAAACACAAAAAUAAAGUUUAUUUUAUACACAAUAUUUAACAAUCAAACUUUUUCGAUAGUAAGGGGGGUAGUUUGCAACGUAUCGGCGUUAACCACACAACUGUGUUUAAAGCAGUUGUGGCUAGCUUGGGUCGCUCUUCCAACGUCUGUUCGUAGCAUCGCUGCACUCGUACAAGAACUGUCUUCCUUUGAACUAGAGCUGUACCGAUUCACAAACUUUUGCCGAUAUGCUGAUACAACCGUUGCCGAUUCACAGAUUCCGAACUAAUACAGGAGAAAACACAUUUUGGUUAAAAUAUUUUUUUUUAAUUUACUAAAUCAUCCAAAAUAACUCAUUCUCAGAAAACCAUUAAAUGCAAAUGCACAUGUAUUUUAGUUCAUAAACGGAACAUAAUCUUACUCUUUUUUUUAACUCGUGUUAUUAGCUUAUUGAAACAUGAAUUUAUUAAUGGAGACUGAAAAAAUUUAAUUAUAUAAUACAUAAUUAAAUAUAAGAUUAUUUAAUAAUAUAUAACCAUGAAAUAUAUUUAUUCACAAAAUACGAGGUUUAAGAGAUGAAUUUAAAAUGUGCAAAAUUGCAAGACUUUGUACAUAUUUACAGUUCAAGAACGGAAAUUUCAAUACCACCGUAACGCAUGCGGUGGCGAAAAUUUAUGGUACCUAUUAUUUAUACGGAAAUGCAUUUUAUGUGGUCGCUUUGCAGGAGAAACAGUAGAAGUAUAAUUGACAUUAUGUGAAGUCCUAUAUUAUUUGGUUAUUAAUUUUUAUUCAAUAUUAAAUACUUUACGUAAGUUAGUUACAAAAUUUCUCCAUCACGAUAUUACGAACAUUUCUUUGCAGUUAAAGCAGUUGGUAUUUUCCAUUGUUCGUAGUGGUAGCCAUGCCCUAAAUAAAGAAUGUUUUUUUUUCUUAUCUAUCGUUACCAUGUUGGUAUAUACUUAUUUACAAUGUAUUAGAUUCAAGAGCAUUAUUUAAAAAACAGAAUGUUUAAGUUUGAUAUGUAUGGCUGGCACACGUAGCUAAGAAAUGAUGUUCAAAGUAUGUAGUAGUACGAAAAGUGAAAAGGGUAGGCCUACUGGUGGAUUUUUCGGCUGUGAGGGGCACUUUCAUUUCUCAAUAAUAUUGGCCGAAAAUUAACAAUUGUAUCGUGAAUCAGCACACAUUCAACUAAAUAUUGGCAAAACCGGCUUCUGCAGAUUCGUAUCGGCACAGCUCUACUUUUAACGCAUUCCAUUGACAAACAUAAGAAUAAAAUCAUUUAAGAAAGGUUUUUUUUUUGCAUAAUUUGUGAUUUAUAGAGAAGUUGUGAAUCUCACAAUAAUAAUGUGUGCGAGGAGGAUAAACAUUACUUGAAUUAUUCAAAUGUAGUAUGAUAUUUGUGACUUGUGUUUUAUGUAGUUCAUUGUGCUAGAUAUGUUUUGAGAUAGUCAUAAGCUAUUUCGAUAUUUAAAAAAAUUGUGUCCUAUUGACUUUAUUCAUUGGUUAUUGAUUUUGUUUGCAAAAUAAUAUAAAUGUGAGUCCUCCUCAUAACUUGGUCAUGAUCUAGCACUUAAGUGCUUUGAACCGAAGAAAAUUUCUAUACAAGUAUCCAGUGGCGGAUCCAGAGGUUCACCUCGGAGGGGGCACUCUGGGAUUUCAGAGAAGCCAGAGAAAAAAUGUUUUAUCUACUCACACUACACAUAACAUCCAACCACCAGAUUUUAUGAUUCUACAAGAAAUUCAUUAAUUAUAUUGAAAUAUUUAUUGGUUCCAGAAACAAUCAUUUUUUCGGCAAUAUUAAUGUAGCAUACAACUGGUUUUUCGGGGGGGGGGAAGGGGGGGGGGGCAGCACUUGCACCUGGUGCCCCCCCAACCCCCUCCUGGAUCCACCACUGCAAGUAUCUAUAGUAUAAAAAUCCAGAAAAUUAUAUCUUGGUCGUAGAACUGUCUCUAGCUCGACUUGUCUACAAUGCAAUCAAGGAAACAAAAUUGCUUCCCACUGUCAUAGCAUCACAUUUCAGACAUUCCUUUGACAGAAGACUGAAAACAUUCUGUGAACCCACAUGCAGUGCUUUGCCUUUAACGUGGCAAAGAUGUUCAUAUCUUCCAAAUACAGUUGUUUGUACACGUAUCGUGGCUCUCCUGAAGAAAUGUAUGUUUGUCAAAUUAUUAAUGACUUUACAGUUUCCUACUAUCUUUUAUAACAUUAUACACUACAUGCAUUCUUUCCUUUGUCAGAUGGCAUGGCCUUGAGACUAUUCCUCUCUCGUUAGUAAUGUGUGUAUGAAGCUGCACAUUCACAUUACUAAUUAAUUUUAAAAUGACAGAUACUUUUAUAAUUGUAAUUAUGACAUUCCAAACUGUAAAAUGAAUUUUAUGUCACUUACCAUGUACUUUACUAAAUGGUUAAACUAUUUUGUAUGGUUUUUAAGACAGUUGAGAGAAAUAAUUGUUCUCCUUACCAUAAAUGUUUAUUAUAAUGUUGACAAUAAAGUUUUAUCUUUAUUUU